UCUGAAUCAAACUGGACGCGUUACAGUACCACCCACCUUCUUCUGUUAGUUUCCACUCACUGAUCCAAACACCACAAAGCUGCGACCUCCGUCCACCAUGAAGCUGCUGCUGACUCUCUGUCUCGCCUGCUCGCUGCUGAGCACAGCCGAGUCGCUGCGCUGCCACAUGUGUGACAACGACGACUGCUCCAACUCGACCUCGGUCACCUGUCCCGCCCUCUCAGCCUGCAGAACCAUCACUUCCUUGAGGCAGACAGGUCCAUUGAUGAGCGUGUCUGUGAAUAAAAGCUGCUCCUCGCUGCUCUCCUGCUUCCCUCCUCUCAACACUCAAGUUGAAUGGUCCGUCAAUGUGGGGGUUGCUAAAGAAGGUCACCAUCAGCUCUGCUGCACCACAGACAACUGCAACUUCCCGACUCUGGCCGUUCCAAACACUCUAGCGAACGGUAAGCAGUGUCCUGCGUGCGGGAGCCUCGCUGAGAGCCUGAACGGGACCUGUAACUCCACCCUGUCCUGUCAGGGAGUCGAGGACCGCUGCUUCAACGGCACCAGGACGUCAAACUCCACUCAGUUUCUGCUCCUCGGCUGCAUCUCCGACAACCUCUGCAGCCUCCAGGCCACGUUCGGCUCUCUGAUCGGGGGAAACAUGCAGAUCACCUGUGGAGCUCCCCGCGGCGUCGUGAUGAGCGCCGUGCUGCUGACCUUUGCUGUCGCAGCUCAUAAAGUCCUGCUUUAGAUUUUAAACAUGUUUACGCACACAUGUUAACCAACACAAGGCUGAGCGGAGUUCAGUGUUUCAUAACAGUGUAACAUCGACAACAUGUGCAGGUACAACAGGCUGAACCACAUACAGAUGUUAUCACACACACACACACACACACACACACA